GUCAAACAGCUCUCUAUCCCCACCCAUCAACAUCUUUUCGUUUUUCCAACUCCUAGAACCACAUCUACAUUAAUCAACAUGCCUCGUCAACGCCGUGGUGCCGCUCCUAGCCCUGCGCGCAGCGCUCCCACCAGGCCUACCGCCGCUCCCGCCAGACCGGCCGCUGCUCCCUCGGCCCAGCAGUCCCAGCCUCACUCGACUGCUGCUCACCCGCAGUCGACUCCCCAGCAGGCCUAUCCUCACCCUCCUCCCCAGGCUGCUCCUGUCCAGCAGAGCGCCGGGCCUGGUCUGUUCGGCCAGAUGGCCUCUACCGCUGCUGGUGUCGCAGUCGGCUCCUCCAUCGGCCACGCCAUCGGUGGUUUCUUCAGCGGCGGUUCCAGCGCCCCCGCCGAGGCCCAACAGGCCGCUCCCGCCCAGGCCCAGCCCAUGGACACUGGCCUGUGGCAGAGCAACACCGCCAACAGCUCCUAUGGCAACCCUGCCUGCGAGACGGACGUUCGCAACUUCCGCCAGUGCAUGGACGAGAACCAGGGCAACAUCAGCAUUUGCGGAUGGUACCUGGACCAGCUUAAAGCUUGCCAGGCCGCUGCUAAGCCCUACUAAAGUUAAUGUAUUAUGUUUCGCGCUGGGGAAUAUAUUAAGGACGGGAAUUCUGGAUUUGAACCGGUUCAGUUUGCGGACUUGAUCGGAACGGUGCGAUGAUUGGAUUGGAUAUGGACUGUGUUUGCAUAGCGGCGUAAUAUUCCUCUACUGUAUACCACUUCCGUCGGGGUUGACCUGAUGACUUUUUUCUUUGUUUUACCUUAUAUUUACUCACUUCCAUCUGCUCGAAAGAUAGAGCUAGAUGAAUAUCUAAAGACAACUAUUCCACUCUUCCAUGGUU